AUGGACGAAGAAUCAAUUUUAUUUGGCAUCCGUAAUCUUUUUGCUGUUGGCAAUUACCAGGCUGUCAUCAACGAAGUCAGCACCACAAAUGGCCUUUUUUCUACUGAAGCAAAACAAGAAGCAAAAAUAUUCUUGUACCGUUCAUAUGUUGCUCAAGGCAAAUUUAAUUUAGUCAUUAACGAUGUUGAUGACAGUCAAGACGCAUCCUUAAAGGCCAUUAAGCUUUUGGCUGAGUUUUUAUCCGAUAAGCAAAAAAAUGAUUUCAAUAAUGUUGAAGAAUUUGUUACAAGAGCUAAUGCUUUAUUUGAAGAGGGAGCCAAUCGUAUUAACUCCAUUGUUCAAGUUACUAUUGCUACUCUUUUCGUGCAAGCAGACCGCCUUGAAGAUGCUUUAAGAGUUAUUCAUUCUCGUGAAAAAAAGUUGGAAUGCUCUGCUUUAGCCGUUCAAAUUUAUCUUCAAUUGAAUCGCCUCGACUUGGCUAGAGAUGAAAUUAAACAUGUAAAGACCUGGGCUGAAGAUGCCUUAUUACUACAAUUGAUGGAAGCUUGGAUUGAUCUUCGCGUUGGUGGAGAAAAGUAUCAAGAAGCAUUUUAUAUUUAUGAGGAAUGUGCUCAAUCAAACACGUCUCAAACUGUUAAAAUCUUAAAUGGUCAGGCGGCAGCUAAUCUUGCAUUAGGUAGAUAUCCUGAAGCUGAAAGUUUGUUAUUAGAAGCACAAAAUAAGGAUUCUAAUGAUCCUGAUACUCUCAUUAACUUGAUUACAUGCGCUACUUUGACUGCAAAAUCUCAAGAAGUGGUUAACCGCUAUAUUAGCCAAUUAAGAGAAGUUGCACCAAACCAUCCUUAUUUGAAGGAUCUUGACUUGAAGUCAAGUUUGUUUGAUCGUAAUGCAUCUCGUUUCGCUUUAGUCAACACCGCUUAA